AUGGUGAAGGUCGGAAUGAAAGGAUUUGGCCAUAUUGGGCUCCCGGUCACCAGGGCUGCUUUCACCUCUGCCAAAGUGGACAUUGUCGCUAUCAAUGAGCCCUUCAUUGACCUCAACUACACGGUCUAUAUGUUCCAGUACGAUUCUACCCAUGGUAAAUUCCAUGGCACAGUGAAGGCUGAGAACGGGAAGCUUGUCAUCAAUGGAAAGUCCAUCUCCAUCUUCCAGGAGCGAGAUCCCGCCAACAUCAAAUGGGGUGAUGCUGGUGCUGAGUAUGUUGUGGAGCCCACUGGUGUCUUCACUGCCAUGGAGAAAUCCGGGGCUCAUUUGAAGGGUGGUGCCAAAAGGGUCAUCAUCUCUGCCCCUUCUGCCCAUGCCCCCAUGUUUGUGAUGGGCAUGCACCAUGAGAAGUAUGACAACUCCCUCAAGAUUGUCAGCAACGCCUCCUGUCCCACCAACUGCUGCCCCCUGGCCAAGGUCAUCCAUGACAACUUUGGCAUUCUGGAAGGACUCAUGAUCACAGUCCAUGCCAUCACUGCUACUCAGAAGACUGCGAGUGGCCCCUCUGGGAAACUGUGUCGUGAUGGCUGUGGGGCUGCCCAGAAUAUCAUCCCUGCAUCCACCGGUGCUGCCAAGGCUGUGGGCAAGAUCAUCCCUGAACUGAAUGGGAAGCUCACUGGUAUGGCUUUCCGUGUGUCCACUCCCAACCUGUCAGUUGUGGAUCUGACCUGUCACCUGGAGAGAGCUGCCAAAUACGAUGACGUCAAGAAGGUGGUGAAGCAGGCAUCAGGGGGCCCCCUCAAGGGCAUCCUGGGCUACACGGAGGACCAGGUGGUCUCCUGUGACUUUAAUAGUGAUACGCACUCUUCCACUUUUGAUGCUAGGGCCGGCAUUGCCCUCAACAACCACUUUGUUAAGCUCAUUUCCUGGUAUGACAAUGAAUUUGGCUACAGCAACAGGGUGGUGGACCUUAUGGUCCACAUGGCCUCCAAGGACUAAGAGCCCCUGCACUACCUGCCCCAGCAAGAACACAGGA